AUGCCCCAUUCGCAUCCCACCAACACCUCGCUGUCGGAGCUGCAUCUGACAGGCAUCCCAGGGCUGCAGCACCUGCACCACUGGAUCUCCAUCCCCUUCUGCAUCAUGUACCUCGUCGCGCUGGCUGGGAACAGCACCUUCCUGUGCAUGAUAAAGGCUGAUCCCAGCCUGCACCUGCCCAUGUUCCUCUUCCUGUCCAUGCUGGCUGUCAUUGACCUGGUGAUGUCCACCUCCAUCACCCCCAAAAUGCUGGGCAUCUUCUGGUUUCACUCCACUGCCAUCAGCCUGGAUGCUUGUCUUACCCAGAUGUACUUUGUUCAUGCUUUCUCCGUGAUGGAGUCAGGGGUGCUGGUGGCGAUGGCCUUUGACCGCUACGUGGCCAUUUGCAAUCCACUGCGGUACUCGUCCAUCCUGACCAGCCCCAUUGUGGCUGCCCUUGGCUUGGCUACCUUGCUCAGGGCUGUGGUUUUCAUGAGCCCCCUCACCUUCCAGAUUCGCCGCCUGCCUCUCUGCAGCCUGGCAGUCAUGGACCACUCAUACUGCGAGCACAUGGCCAUGCUCAAACUGGCCUGCAGGGACGCUGCCUUCAGCAACACCUACAGCCUCUCCGUCUCCACUUACGUGGUCAGUUUUGACUCGCUGCUCAUCGCCCUCUCGUACACACUCAUCCUCCGAGCUGUGCUCAGCCUCUCCUCCCCACAAGCCUGCAAAAAAGCCUUCAGCACCUCCAGCUCACACCUCUGCAUCAUGGCCCUCUUCUACAUCCCUGGGCUGCUCUCCAUGUACAUGGAGAGGUACCACCAGCAGCUCCCCCACCAUGUCCGGGGGGGGGAUCUGUUGGCUGAUCUCUACCUCCUCAUCCCACCAGCAUUCAACCCCCUGAUCUAUGGCAUCAGGAUGAAGCAGAUCCGUGAUGGAGUACGCAGGGCGAUCUCCCAGAGGAGACGCAUGGCAGGAGGGAUUGGGCCUGGCCUUGGGCACAGGGCUGGGACUUAUGAAGACAAAGUCUCUUCCCUAGAAUGGCCAAAACCUCUGCUGGACCUUGGUGUGGCUCUCAGUGUAAAGUCGUCCCAGUGGAAGUGGCAGUCAGUCCCUCUGUGCAGAAGUGCCACGGAGGCCAGCACAGACAGCUGA